AGUAUCUACAAACCUAUCUUCUCCAUCUUUCUCUCUCUAAACAACCCUAGAGAGAGAAGGAGGUGGAUCAUGAUCUACGUAUUUCGUCAACAUAGGUCAUGAUCAAUUCGUUUCUAGUCAUUUCAUCUCUUUCUCUGUCAACCCACAACCGAUUUAACCGUCCUCAACAACCUCUCUCUUCGUUUCCUAAAUCAUUCCAAAAAUGGCAUUAUCGAAAAGAUCAUUCAAGAAUUUCGUGGUAGAAGAGCUCGGUGAAUUCCCUCAUUUCCUGCUAUGGGCUAUUCUCGAAUGGAUACUAAUCGCAUCUCUUUACAUCGAUGGGCUCCUUGCGUUUCUCUCGAGCGUAUUCGCCAAGAUUUUCGAUCUGGAACCACCAUGCGUGCUCUGCACUCGUGUCGACCAUGCACUCGUGUGUAAGGACCCGAAUACUUAUUACAACGACUCCAUAUGCGAGUGCCACAAAAAGGACAUAUCUUCGUUAGCAUAUUGCCAUAUUCACAGAAAACUUGCGGAUAUCAAGAACAUGUGUGAAGGUUGUUCUUUUGCGUUUGCAACUGAGAAAGAAUCUGAUAUACAGUCGCUUUUGGGGAGGAUGCAAAAAGAGAAGGAUGGGUUUACUGAAGACGAUAAGAAGGUUUUGAAGCCUGUCAAUAGGUGUUCGUGUUGUGGUGAACCUUUGAAAAUGAGAGCUGCUUCUAAAGAUUACACUAGAAGCCUUUCAAACCUUCGUGCUUCAACAGCAUGGAAAACCGAGGAUUCACGGUAUACAGAGCUCAGAUUUUUAUCAGAUACCGAGCCAGAUAUGCGAGAGUACGACUUCGGUUUAAGCACAUAUGCAAAAUAUGACGAACUGCAUGAAGACUGUUGUAGAACUCCAAAUUUGUUAAAAAGUAACAAGUUAUUUGGGAUCCCACUAACAGAUUCAGGUUCAGUUAGCCCGAGACGGGCUAACAGGAUUUCAAGAAAAGCAUCAAUGGAAAAAUAUGAUUUGGCAUCAGACAAUGAUGAAGCUUCAGGAGAUGGUGAUUCGAGUCUUCAACAGAUAAAGAAACAAGCACGUAUAGAUCAAAAGACUCUUAUGAAACUGUCUAUGGAACUUGAUGAAGAAAGAAGUGCUGCUGCUAUUGCAGCUAAUAAUGCUAUGGCAAUGAUCACACGGUUACAGGCUGAGAAGGCAUCUGUGCAAAUGGAGGCGUUGCAGUAUCAAAGAAUGAUGGAAGAGCAUGUUGAGUAUGAUAAGGAAGCUAUUCAAAUACUUAAAGAUUUGUUAGCUAAGAGAGAUGAACAUUUAAAGGUUAUGGAAUCAGAACUUCAGAGUUACAGAGAGAAAUAUGGAGAAAUUAGGAAAGUAGGUAGCGAUCAAUGUGAAGCUGAUGCUGAUGAAUAUUACCAGGAAUGGAGAUCUCAAUCUUUGUCAUCUUUCAGUGAGAAAUCCGAAUCCCGGAGCCCUUUAAAAGAUGAUCAUGAUCAUGAGUUUGAGAGCCCUUUGGUGAAGGAUGAUGAUGAUGAUUUUGAGUCAUGGAGCCCUCUAGGAACGGAUGGCAAAGAUGGUGAUCAGAGCCACUCCGGAAGGGGCACCUCAUCGUUAGAUUUUGAAACUGAAAAAUAUCAGCUUUACGAGAUGUUAAAGAAUCUUGAAAAUCAUAUCCAGACAUCUUCAAUGGAGGAUGAAUGGGACGAUGAUGAAGAUAAAGAUAUAGUUAAAGAAAAUAGGGCAACCCUAAAUAGAGAGAUAACCGUAAUCAGGGAGAGAUUGAGAGCCUUAGAAGCAGAUAGCGGAUUCUUGAAGCAUACUGCAAUGACACUUCAAAAGGGUGAAAAAGGAGCUGAACUUCUAACAGAGAUAGCUCAACAUCUACGGAAGCUACGUACAUAUGAUAUAUUUUGGAAGGAAAAGCAACCAAAGGAGCCAGACACAAGUUGUGGGGAACUCUCAAAUCUCAACCUCGUGUUAUUAGGAUCCUGGAUGAAUGACCUUGCUCAAGAAUGGGAGGCAGCAGUUGGUGGUCAAAGAAGCAUGAUGACCAUUGUCGGCAGAAGCAGAUGGUAGAAGAAGCAUGAUGAUUGCUUUGUUUGGUUGUACCAUGUGGGAGGUUGUGGUCUUUAUUGUUCUUCUUUUCCUGAUUUGAACAAGUUAUGCUUCACCGGGAGUUUUUGCAUAGCACUGACUAAUCACAUAAGGCAUAAUAGAGGAAUGUGUUGCGAAAUGAAUCAUUAUAACUGUUAAUGACGUUCCUAAACCCAAGUUGGC